UAUAUACAUAUAUAUAUAUAUAUGCGUACAUUGUUGUAGAACGUAUUUUAAACAUUAUACGUAUUAAUUAGUCAUGAUGGAAAGAAGCGGGAAGUGGAGAUUGAGAGAACAGAAAUGACUGGUUCGCGUUUGUUAGUGUGCCGUUGCAUUUCUAUGUUAGUGGUAAAGGUCUAAUCAAUCUCUUAUUCCUUUCAGGCUUAUUAUAGAUGCCGGAGUACCGAUAAUUUCCUAUGGGUUUGUUCAGGAAGAACGGACGUUGAACAGAGAAUAGUUUUAGAGAGGUAACCUAGAAACUUGUUAAACGAACGAACUUCUUUGUAGAAAAACGGGGCACAUACAUUUGUUACAAGUUCCUACUCCUUCAAACUUUAAACUCGCUAAUAAGCGUUUAUACAUUCUCCGUUAUUGGAAAGAACGAAUUCUUUUUAGCGUCUUCCGUUUCCAGACACGUUUCAUGUAAUCUGCUUUACCGACAUAUUUAAUUUUUACGAAACAAAUUAUAAAGAAUUGUAUCCUUUUAUAAAUUCAACCAAUGAAAUGGCUAACAUACGAUAGAAAUCAGAACUGUUGUGGUUUCGUUUAUAUUAUACAGUUGUGGAUAAAGCGGUUCUCUUUAAAUAUGACGGAAAAGAUAAUUGCGCUAUGAUAACUAAGAGUUUUUGUGAAUACGAAUCGCGGGUCUUGGUUGCGAUUCAACUUGUUUCAUUUCACUCUAUUAGCAGAGGAAGAUAAAAGGAAUAGAUGUUCAAAGCAAGUUCAUGGAAAAAUCGGCACGCUCAAGCUCGUUGAAGGUCGUUCGUUAGUCCCGUUACGUUACUAUCCAUCUAUGACGUGUGUGACGCGUCACACAGUGAUAGCUCAUACGGUUCGAACGAGAAAACGCAUUGUAAUCUGUCUCCGUAAAAGACAUUUACUGACCGAAUUAUUUGAUUGUUCGUCAUUACAGAGUCGUUCGAAAAUGGUCGAGACAAAGAGAAAUUGGAAAAUGCAUUAACAAGUACGUUCACCUGAGGCUCGAUUUACGUUUCAUGAAGUACAGGUCGCUUCUAUACACGGUGAUUAGCGAGAUCCUCCUAAUAAGAAGACGCUACACUAGCAUUCCGCUACUGAAACAGUUAUGAUGAAUCCCGAUCGCUGAAUCCAGGGUGCACGCAACACAAAAUGGGCCUUGACGAAGAAAAGGAAAGCCUAUAACGUUACGGACGAGCGAAUAGGUUGAUCUAGCGUACGGUCGAUGCAUUUAGUCUCGGUAAAUUUUUUCAGAAAUAACUGUUACGAAGUUUACCAGUGAUCGACGCGAUAAAUUUAAAAUGAUCAUAUCGGUGAAGCCAUCGUUCCCUUAAACGAUAAUAACAAUAUUUCUUAUUACAAUGUGUUAUACCUAAUGUAUUUAAUACCGCGACUGAAUAAUAAAAUUUCAACUACUUGGAAAUUCAUCGAAUUGAAUCAGACGCGUAUUUCUCUUGGCUUAACAUUUCUUUAUGAAAGCAUAACAUUCUGUUUCCACUUAUAUGUAUAGACUUUCUGUUAAGAAAAGAGAUUUUUACGAACGUUUUCUUCGAUCUCAUUCAUGAAUUUAUUGUAUUUUUUUUUUCUGAUGUUUCCUUCGCGAAACAUUCGCCUUGUAACUGGUUUACUCUGGGUAGCGCGACAGGAAUCCGGGGUGACGAGAAAUCCUAGUAAGAACGUAUUCGUAUGUGGGUGAAAAAAUGACAUCGGCUUCUGUUACAAACGAUAAUAGAUCUGAAGAUUUUCAAAGAAUUUACUAGUGUUUCGGGCCGAGACGAUUGUUCGACAACUUUUACUUGAAAUUCUUUCUUUCUUAAACAGAUAAUAUAUCUGUUUUAGAAUACGACAUUUAAUAGAGAGAGUCAAUAAGAAUUAGCUUAAUAUAAUGGUACAUCUUGAAAGAUUCAUCGAGCAAAUUGUAGAGAGAAGAGUAGAGAAGAGAAUUUGAAGGGAAUAAAAGGCACGCGAAACGUCGAAGAGCGUAAAAUCUGAACGAAAAGUAUUCGAAAAGUAGAGCUUGGUGAUCGACGACGAAGAGCGAGGCGGUGGAUUGGUCAGUUCCAUUGAAAAUAGUGCCAAAGGUGUGUGGUCAUUGGCCGUGCGGCUUACCCCCACGUAAGCGCGCAGGCUAUAUAGAAGACCCCGCGAGGAAUUUCAUCUUCAGAACUGAGAGUCAGUGUCAAGGAAAUCUACCUGCAAGUAACGAAGUGAGCAAAAGCUUGUUUAGCAUCGCAUUGGAUCAAGGACAGCUAACAAAUUUGUGGAUCGUUUCUCUUCUGAUCGUUUCUCUCUUCGAAAUAUAAUGCAUUACAACCAGUACGUGUCGCUAUGCUUGGUCGCGCUUGUCCUGGGACAAGCAGCAACGCUGCCACAGCAUCCUCAGUAUCCGCAACAGUAUCAACAGCAGGUUAGGGACGAGAGGAAGUUUGCUGAGAAACCGAACGCCAUGAAGAAGGUUGCCCUCGAUGAUCUGGACGAUAUCAGCACCAAUCAGAUUCAAGAAGGUAGCAGUACCGGGUUUUCGUGGUCGAACAUGUUGAGCAUGCUGAUGCAGAUGUUACUAGGACAAACUGGCGGUGUAACUGGUCCGAGUAAGAACGAGAUCGACGAUGGCGCACCGGCUAGUCCAUGGGCGAAUUUGCUGUCGGUUGGCCUCAGGGUACUGACGGCUUUGCUAGGAGGUCCGCAGCAACCCGUUGACGGUAUCGACAAGGUUGACAAUCAGAGCAGUCCCAUGCAGGGCAUUUUGACUGCGGUGCUGGGCGCGUUUCUAGGACAGGGCAGAGACCCCGAUCAGGUUGCUGUCAUGGCUAAAAACGCUUCCGAGUUCAUUAGCAUCGUGAUCAACCUGUUAGACGCGUUGAAGACUUCGUUCUCUCAUCGUUCGUUGACGGCCAGAUCCAUGGGAAGACGGGACACCGUUUCGGAGGCAGCCGUCGCGUCCAUUUCGAUGCUCAAGGGUUACAUGAGAUCGGUGAAAUCCUUUAACAACGUUGGUCGUGCCGAGGACGAAGGUCAACGAGGUUGCGCCGAAAGAGCGCUCUGCGAGGCAAGUGCCGAGUGUGUUGCGGAUGCUCAGGGUACAUCGUCCAUCUUUUGUCAGCUUGGAUCGUACGCGACCAGUUAUUUGCUGCAGAGGCAGAGUGGAGUAGGUUUUGAAGCGCUCUACGAAGCGGGUCGACGCGGACGUACAGGAGAAGAUUGCAGAACUCUGUUCGUCGACUGUAACGCCGUAUGAAGAAACGGUUACGUCUCGAUCUGUUCAAGUACGAUUUAGACGCUCUGGGACACCAUCGAUUUCCAUUUACAUUCCUCGGCAUUCUUUCUCUCUCGUCCCGAGGUUUAGAUCGCACCUGAAACGGUGGACAAAGUAGCUUUAGACGCGACGUGGAAUAUGCGUAAGCAGCGUGCAGGGACCAAAACCGGAAACCUAACUCUCUCAUUCGCCUUACGUGUACAAACACGUAAAGAUGUCGAAAUGAAAUUGGCUUAUUUAAAAUCAACGCGUUAAGAUUAAGUUUUGGACGACUCGGGUUCUUCACAGCGAGAUAAACGAAAAGAAAAUCAUAUUCUAAAUAUCUUGAAAAUUCACUAUGUCAUAGGAUCAUCGUGUAUAUCUGACCAAUCAUAUAAUAACUUAUUGUAGGAAUUUUUGCUACCUUCGUAACUACGAAGCACUUUUCCAUAGACACCAAGAGAGAGUUCGUUAACGUAGACUCUACAUUUCUAAGUAUACCAGUGUGGAUUCUACGUUCUUGACAGUUUUUCUGAGAUAGACGUAAAGAGUGUUAGGUUGAGAAGGAACACGUGCACGCGGUGGGAAACACUUAACGUAGAAAUAGACUGAACGAGAAUAUAGGCCUAGGCGAACUGUGAACCGUUCGUUUGGGUCUCUCAACGAAAAUCACGAUAUUUAUUUCUAUUUAUUUGAAUUUAUUAAAUCUAGUAGAGUUAGUGUGUACUCUCUCUCUCUCUCUCUUUCUCUCUCGAGGAAUGGAUCGGUUAUGUCGCAGAAGAUGUUUUUAGCAAAAACUAUCUAGAGGAGCAGUGAAAGUUUAAUUGAAUGUUUUUUGAUAAAUUAGAGUCGUUUGAUAAUUCUGUACUUUUCUACGCUAACGACAGAUCCGUGCUCGAAAGAUUCUUUAUUAUACGUACAAGCUAACGUCUCAGGAUAUUGUGUUUGUUCUGUCACCCGCUAAAAAUUAUCUCCUGUAUAUAUGUAUACGUAUAGCUACGUGAACACGCAUAUACAUAUAUACACGGUUAGGUACACGCACACAUAUACAUAUACCGACACACGCGGGUGAAGUGUUUCGCAAUAGCCACCUUUUAUUUAGCUCGGUUAGCGUAUCAAUUAGAAGUAAGUUGUAUGUAUGACGUGUGGUACAAUUAUACUUAAAUUCAAGCUAAUAAACGGUCUUAUUAAUAAAUAAUCUUAUUCUCAA